AACAAGUAGGCCUCAGUCCAGAUUAUAAUGUAGUGUAUGAAUAUUAGUGAGAUUUGAUAGACAUUAGAUAGCAUUUUAUUCCUCUUCAUAAUAAAUCUUUAAUAAUUGCCAAACAUGAAAAAUAUUGAAAUAAAAGCCAAAGUGGAUAAUCUUGAUGAGAUUGAGAAGAAAGUGAAGGAAUUAAGCAACAAACCUGUAAUUGUUAUCGAUCAAUAUGAUAUUUUUUUUAAUUUACCAAUUGCUCAAGCAAAUUUUGGUAGUAAAUUAAAAUUACGUCAAUUUCAGGAUAGUACUGGAGAAUUGAUAUUUUAUCAAAGACCAGAUAGUAAAGGUCCAAAACUUUCAGUCUACUCUAAAAUUCAGUUAAGUGGAGAUAAAUUCCAGGAAUUAAAACACAUAUUAACUAUGGCAAAUGGAAUUAAAGGGACUGUAAAAAAAGUAAGACAUCUUUACAUAAUUGAUCAAACACGCAUUCAUAUUGAUCAUGUUAUUGGAUUAGGAAAUUUUAUAGAACUUGAGGUUGUUUUAGAUGAUACUGAAGAUCCAAAUAUUGGAAAAGAAAUAGCCAUGAAACUAAUGAAAGAUUUUGGUAUUUCAGAAAAUUGUUUAUUAUCUGAAGCAUAUUUGGAUAUGAUGAAAUUAUGAUAAGUUAUUAAUGUAAAUUCUUAUGUUAAAAUUUUUUUUUUAAUAAAACAGCACUAUUAUUUAUAACUUA